AUGAAGACACCACUAUCCCUCUUCUUCACCACGCUCCUGCUCUUCGUCCUUCCUGCAUUUGCUCAAUUCCAGUUCUUCGAGCAAAUGUUCAACCAAGGUGGCCAGCAAAAUCAGCAACCGCAAAACGCUGCAUCUGACUCUGCGUGGUACAAGCAACAGUACGAAGCUGUACACUGCGAUAAAUACCUCUGCCCUUCCACCCUGUCUUGCGUACACUUCCCACACCACUGUCCUUGCGCAUUCCCCGAGCUAGAAGACAAAGUCGAGCUGGACGAUGGCAGUAUGAUCUGCGUGUCAAAGGGAGGCUACAAGGCUGGCGAAGCUGCAAGAAAGAUCGAACUGGCAAGAAAGGGCCUGUUGUAA